UUAUUUAAGUGAUUUAUUUGUAUAAAUAUAUUGGGAGGUUGUCUGGUCUGCUUCUCACUCAGCUCAGAAACAUCAUAUCCAUCUCCCUCUAAUUUCAGUUGUUUAUGCAACCAACCUGUGUGUCUUUAUGGCCCAGCCGGAUAAUCGUCAAGGAUUAAUCCCCUUUACGCUCUUAUCAUCGUCAUCUUCAUCUUCAUCGUCAACACUUUCAAGGCCCUCCGCUGUUCUUGAUCUCUUUCCGGUUUCUGCAAGAAUGGAAGAAGGCGAUGAUGGGCACUGGAUAACGAAGCGGCUAAGUUUAAGCGACGUGAACACUUCAUCAAGGCUGUUGUUGUCUAAAAGAGAUAUGCAGGAAAGUGUUUUGCCAUUGAUGGAUGAUGAGAGGUAUGCAGCUUGUCAGAGCAAGGAAGGUUUGAGAGUCAAAAUGUGGGAUUUGGACGCUGAUUCUGAACAUGAGCUUAGCCUGAAGAAAUGGAAGAGUGGCAGCUUUGUGCUCACCAGCAACUGGUCUAUGGAGUUUGUGAGGCGAAGGAAUUUGCAGGAGGGUGACUGGAUUCGGCUGCGCUGGGACACUGAAAAUCUACGCUUCAUAUUCCAAAAAUUAAAUGUCCAAUCUUAA